AAACGAUGCGCGCGCAUUCUACGUUUAUCAUAUGACAAUCUGUCAAAAGUAGUAUUUGAUAGUUAAUAUUCUUUAUAUUUAAGAUCUAUUAAACUUUAAUAUAAAUUUAUAAUCUACUACAUAAUAUUUAUCUCUGUAAAUAUUGAAAAUGACAGCAGAAUUAAGAAAAUUUCUUUAUGGACUUUUAAGUAGUGUGGAAGGACUUCAUAGUAUAUUGAUAACAGAUAGGGAUGGAGUACCUGUUGUGUCUGUAGCUGAUGAAACAACACCAGAAUUAGCUAUGAGAGCAAGUUUUUUAUCUACAUUUGGCAUGGCAACAGAUCAAGGAAGUAAAUUAGGAUUAGGGAAAAAUAAAACAAUUAUAUGCAUGUAUAGUAGUUAUCAGGUAGUUCAAAUGAACAAGUUACCAUUAGUAAUUAGUUUUAUUGCUAGUCAUAAUUGUAAUACAGGCCAUAUAUUAUCUUUGGAAAGUAAAAUUGAUCCAAUUUUAAGCAAUUUAAAAAAUGCAGUAGUGGAAGCCUGAUGGUUACCUGUUGUGCAUUACGGGUGAUAAAUACCAAAAGUUUGUAAUUACAUUUGGUAACACUUGUAAUCAAUAGAUACUAUAAAUAAUGGGAUGGAAAUAUUAUUGUAUAUUUUUUUUUCUAAUUUACAAAAAGUUUAAAUUACAUUUUUUUACAAUUUCUCUGUAUUUCUCUUCAUUAGCAUUUUUAUAUGACAUUUUAAAAAAAAAAAUAUCCAACAUUUUUUAUAAGAUAAUAUAAAAAAUAAU